AUGGAAGAAAAAGAGUUAACAAAUAAACACUUUCUUUCUUUUGUACCAAUCUUGUAUACCAAUAUUUCCUUACGCAUACCCCCUUCCCAUACAGACGACGGCAGCGUGGGCGGCAGCGGGGCGCGGGCGGUGGGCGUGGUCCCCCCCGUCGAACAGCGAGAGGGCGGGCCUGACGACAUUCACGCGGCUCAAGCGAAAAGGAAACUGUACUUCAAUCCGGCUUAUUUUGAGCCAGAGAUGCUGCAGGCGCCUCCUCCGGCAGCAAUCGAGUUCCUGACGCGGAUCCGCGAGAUGAUCACCAUCGCCAAGUCCAAGAUGAAGCUUGAGAGGUCCACCGCCAGCUCCAGCAGGAUGACAGUGGCCAUGGACGACCUCCACGACGUCGGCGACGGCGAGGCGGUGUAUGCAAGCGACCACAGCAUCCAGAGUGACUCCCUGGAGCGACGCCCGCGCGAGGACGACAGCCGCAGCUCCACCCUCAAGAAGCUGGCCAAGCGCGUUAACAGCCACGGCCAGAGCAUCGUCAGCGAGAUCAUCAGGACCCUCGACCUGAAGCCCCGUCUCCCGGCGCCCGUGGAGUCGGUCUACGUCGCCCACACGCCCCCCAGGAGGCCCACCGCGCCCAAGCCCCCGCCGCCCAAGCCUGUGAAUGCGAGGGAAGAGGCUCCGCUCGAGAACGACGACGACUUCCCGGAGCUCAUCAAGCCGUCCAUGCUCAGGAGUGUCUUGCGGGACGGGAAGAGACUGACGGACCUCAACAACACCUUCGAGAACUUCCGUCAGGAGAUGAUGGCCACCUUCAACAAAAUGAAGAAGGUUGGCGAGGCCAUCUCGCCCAAGUCGACGCUUCAGAGAGUCAAGAACAGAAACAAGGCGGAGGCUUCCCCAGUCGGCACGUUAGAAAAGGGGAAGGCACAAGUAACGUCAAGCGAGGGUAAGGUACAGAAAUGGCUGCAGACCCUCGAAAAUAAGAACAUGUAUUCCAGAAUGUCUGAGACAUCCAACGUCGUCUUUGACUCCCGGAAAGCGAUGCCGAGGAGUAACAGCCCGCCGCCUCUCCCGCAGAAGGGAAGCAAGCCUCCGACGCCACCCAGGAAGAACAGAGCGCCAGCACAGCGAAGUAUCUCGUUUAAUGAGGCGAAGGAGCCAACUCUUCCAUCGCCAGAGGAAGCUGGCCAUUCAAAAGGAACCAGUAAAGCCCGCUCACCAGGGAACAGCACACAGGUGACCAGAUCCCUCUCGUGGCAGAAUGAACAUCGUCACUAUGACUCCAACCCACGUCGUUCACGCCAGCAGAUGCACUUGAUGCCGGAGGACAGCUUGAAUACGUCCUUUGGCUCUGAAGAUGACUCCCUGAACGACCUGCUCAGUGAGGCAGAGGCUAAAGUUCCCAAAAUGAUCCCAAGUGACUCUGACAGCGUUUACUCAGACACAAAACCUCGUUCUAAGGAAAAGAAGGCUAGCCAUAAGGAGGAGAUAGACACGAAUUCCAAAUCUCUCUCCAGACAGCUCCCUCGAGAGGAGGAAAUAACAGAACGCAACGAGAUUUUCAACAAGAAUACUGGGGCAAAGACCAUGUCCCGACUGGCCAAGAAUGGUGAUAACAUUUACGAGGAGAGAAAUAAUAACAGCCUUACCAGCGAGGACUACGACGACCAUACUUAUGAAGAAAUACAAUUCCCAAAUAAUGGCAAGCAAAAGAGGAGGGCUCCCCCCAAGCCAAAGAAUAAUAACGUAAGUGAAGUUCACAUCGACAAUAACAACGAUGAUGAUGAUGGACACUACAGCAUAUACAGCAACCCAGAAUCCUUGGUGAGUGAAGUGACAAUCCUUGGCGAAGAAAAAUGUUCGAGCCCCAUUUACUCAGGUUGCAAAGUAACCAUCCCUGUGACAGAUAACGGGAAUGGCAACACAGACGAUAAAGACAAUGGCUUCGACCAGGACACUCUGGAGAGAAGAGGCAAGAAGGCGGAGCGCAGCAACAGCAUUGUACAAGAUUCUUUGGAGAGGCCUAAGGUUAAGAAGCGAACUUUUGCUAAUCAUGAGAACAGCUUGGAGCGGACAAAGGCUCAGAGGAGACUGUCCUUCCCAGGUGACAAAAACAGAGGUGAUAAGAGUCUGCUGGACAUUUAUGAGUCUAGAAGUAGUAUCAGAAGCUUGAGGAGCUUCAAGAGUGACAUGCACGAUCCUUCAUAUUCUCCUAUCACUUUUUCGAACCCAUCUUCUCCCACCAAGACUGAAUCCUUCUACUUCAAAAACAUUAGUAACAACACAAAUCUUGGCGUCAUCAAAAAUAGUGAACCACCAAAGAAAUUAAGAACAUUCAAAGAUUACCAGGAAAUGAACUUUCACCGCGGGUCUUCAGAUUCCUCGGAGACAAGCAGCAGUCCUCUCCCAGUCACAGGUUCCAGCAUAAGCGUGAACUUCCGCAGUACAAGUCCGUCCAACAAGGAGCACCGGGAGCUCAAACCACCUCUGCCCCCGAAGCAGACACGCCCCACAGACCCCGGUGAAAAUGCUUCUCCUGGACUCCCCCCCAAGAACCGGAUUGCUCGACCCCCUCUGCCACUUAAGGCUUCCAGGAGGUCCGACUCAUCCGACUCGGAACCGGAGAGACCAAAGCUUCCUGAAAAGUCCCGCAAGAAGGCUUCACUUGAGACUCUGUCGCGGUCAUCCAGUGGAAGCUCCAUCCCUGAGCUGACCGAGGAGGAAGCUCGGUCUAUCCUACAUGGACUGUUAGCACACACACAGCCUGAUGUCAACCGCCUCUCACCUCUUCAUGAAGAAGACGAUAAUGAUGGACAUUUUUUAGGGGUAAGGAACACUGUCGCCGACUCUAACACUCGGCCCAGUGUUCCUUACUAUGAAACAUUCAGCUCUGGAUCUCAAAAUAGCCUAACACCCACCUCCUCGUCCUCAUCCCCGAGAAGCGAUGACAUUGAAGAAACAGGUUCCAAUACCCUUGGCAGAGAGGUGGAGCACAGCCUUGACCGCCAGCUACUACGCCGACAGGAUAGUUCUUGUGAGCCGGGAUCCCCUGGGAGUGAAGCCCGAGUGAGCGGAGAGUUCAUCCUUUCCACCACCGGCAAGUCGCCAUCACUCCGGAGACAGAGCUCACUGAGCCGCGAACAGACGAGUGGCUUCCUGGCCAAGCUUCGAGAUAUCACCGACGAUGAUGUCGAUGGCGAAACUUUAACCAAAGGCAUGGAAAUUGCCCUCGCUCUGAAGGCCAAGUCUGACCUCGAGAAACACUUUAAGGAGAAGAGCGGGGCAGACAGCAUUAAGAGAACCUGGCGGAAAAUCAUAGAGAAAGUCGACGACUCGAAGGAGGACAAAGACAAGAUCUCAAUCAUGAAGUUCCAGCAAUACAUGGCCAGUCUGGAACGCAAGGAGAAGGAAGCGAAGCUGAAACAGGAAGACUCCGGAUAUCACAGCACUGAUUCCAGCGAGUCGGCCAACAGCAAGAACAGCUUGGCCUCCACAGCAUCUCUGGGCGAGUCUCCUCUGGCAGCCCCUCCUGAGCUGCCCUUCCAGAUAGGGACCGGAAACCGUCCUGUUCGCUCCCUCUCGUACACCUCCAGCCUGCAGCGCCCCCUCUUCCAGCGAUCCAUGUCCCUCCAGCAGCUCGGCCGAAGCUCCAGUCAGCUCGAGCUCUCCCCGCGAUACGAAACCGGAAGCUUCAAGAGAGCGAGCAUGAGGGCUUCACUCGGGCGAAGGCACCAAGGGGCGGAGAUGGACGGCCUGUCCAUUUACGUCAACAACUCCUUCGCUGCCGAUGACGAUGGCGAUCACGGCAAUGUGGCGCUGUGAAGGGGGCGGCGUUCACACCAGCAAGUAAGAGUGAGCCCAGCACCGCGAGGGUCAAGUGACUGUUGCAGAAAGCAGUGAAAGUGAUCACAUCCUUGUGUGUGUGUAUUGACAAUUGCCUCAGUGCCUUUGUAGUGAUCAGUCAGACACUUCCUUGCAAGGCUCAGUGUACAGUUGUAAACUAAUAUUUAUGAUUUUUGAUAAACUGGAAGUAGAUUUAGAAUACGUUGUUGUUCCUUCAGUGCCCACACAGACAUGCUUUCGUCCCGUACCGCUGCUGCUUUCGAAAAUCCAGCACGCUCUCCAACACUGAGGUGUAUGUGACGAAGAACUCAAAAUAAUGUUCUUUCGAAGUGAAGAACAGGGCACGUAACCUGACAAUGACGAGAACACCAAAUCUAGUGCUCUCACAGGUUUUAAAAAAUGCCAUAAUCAUGAAAUAAAAGCUUUCGUUGACAAAUUAACUCACUCCUACGAAAGUACAGUGAAAUAACACCACUAAAACAGCAUUUUAUAGUUUUUUGUUUGUCUGUUUGAAGACCAUUGUUUCUUCUAUCUCAAUUAUUUAUUGAUGUUACAAGUAUAUCGCAAAUGCAAAGAUGUUGCAAAUUUUCUCCUGCUAAAAAAAAUUCUAGAUGAUUGGACUGAUUGUCUCGUGUACUGUAGCAGUCAUUUUGAUUUAACAAUGCUUUAUGUUUAAU